GCUCUAGAAUGAGAACAAGAUGGAACCUUGUGCUGGUCAUCUCCAUGGCUCUCAAUGUGUAUCUCAUUCUCCCUGAGGGUAGUCGUGAUUGGACACAGAUAUUUAUAAAGAGAAGUUCAAGAGAUGUCAAGAGCAAUGGAGUCAACAGUAGCAACAGUAGCUCUGUGCACAACACUACUGUCCACCACACAUUAGCUGUCAUGAUAGUGUCAGCUCCUGCUAAUCAGGACAGACGAAAUGUACUCCGGAAUACUUGGCUGAAUGGGUACGAACAAAGAAAGUAUCAUGUCAGAUUUGUGAUUGGUACAGGAAAUUUAACGGACUAUCAUACUCAAGAUUUAAUUGAGGAGAACUCGACACAUCACGACAUUAUACUGUUGGAUUUGGAAGAUCACUACGAGCAACUCUCUCACAAAGUAUUAGCUGGUUUGGUUUGGUUCGCUAGAAACAUCGACUUCUCUUACCUUCUAAAAUGUGACGAUGACAGUUUUGCACUGCUAGACAAAAUAGAGAGUAAUCUUCAUCAAAGAAAUCACACCCAUGGCCUCUAUUGGGGCUAUUUUGUCAGUAAUGCACGACCAUUCACAGAGGGGAAAUUUGCUGAACCUGAAUGGAAGUUCUGUGAUCAUUACUUUCCUUAUGCGUUUGGUGGAGGAUAUGUAUUGUCUGCUGAUGUGGUGCACAGGAUUGCACACAAUGCAGACGCUCUGAUUGUGUACAAUAAUGAGGACGUGAGUGUGAGUGCCUGGACUAUUAGCUAUGACAUUGAACGACGUCAUGAUGUAAGAUUUGACACUGCAGAAGUAUCUAGGGGUUGCAGAAACACAUUCCUCGUCACACACAAGCAGUCAAUACAAGAUAUGAAACAAAAACAUGCCGUGUAUGUCAACUCAGGAAUAAUAUGCAAAGAGGAGACGUGACGAAGGAAAUUAAACAAUCAUACAACUGGAAUGUACCACCGGCACCGGCACCAUCAUUACAUUCAAAAUGUUGUGCCUAGCUUCUUUUUGCUUCAAUUAAUAGCCGCUAAUGUAAUUAUGGUAAAGAUCGUUAUAAAUCACUUAAAAUGUUCAUAUAAAUGCUUAGAUUACAGUUUA